UCCAGUUGAAAGAAGUCAUUAGAUAAUGAAAAUUUUGUUCUGUUUUGUCGGAUAAUAUUUUCUUUUGCGAAUUUGAAUAAAAAGAUCUAGAACCUGACGUUGUCUUUAAUGUAAUCUAUUGGGUCAAAAUGACGGGCGGUUUGCAGCAUUUUGCUAACAAUGAGCACUGAAUGUCUAAUCCUUGUUGUUAAGUGUCGAACAUAAACCAGGUUUUGUCAGCUCGUUUAUCUCCGCCUUUUUAGAGUAACUUUAUUCACUUGCUGAAAACAAACGAAAGAAUACGGUACAAUGAACCGAAUACAAUGCAAGCGGUGGGCGGUGAAAUGGGAUCCAAUAGAGUGUGUAAAUACUGACAAAAAAUUAUUACAAUUGUAAUUUAUAUUAUAAAUGGUGAUUACACGUUGACAUCACUCGAAGCAUCAUAAAAGAAAAACAAACACUGCACAAGACAAAUUUUGCUCUUGGCAGACAAUGAAAAUGACAGUUGAUGACAAAUCCAAGACUUAUAGAGGAGAACAGAGUAAAGAAACCACACAAACGUUUCCAACUAGAGAGCUCAUAACUUAACCUCAAUUUCGUAGGUAAAUUCUAGAUAAAGCAGAAAUGCUUGUUGUUGACAGCUACUGUGGUUCAUGUAACCGUCCUGGUAUUCCUUUUUCACUGUUGAUGGUGUCUUUUUUUUUUUUACCUUUUUUUUAUUCUUAGAAACAUUUCAGUCGAGACAAAGUACAUUUGUUCCAUCCCCCGAAGACACACUUUUCCGUGAUGGAAGAAGACGGCAAAAUCGCAAUCACGGUUAUUUACGUGGUAUUAUUUCUCGCAGCCAUUCUCGGAAACGUUUUAGUCAUCUAUGUGGUGCUCCGUAAACCUGGAAUGAAAAGUCCCACUAACCUUCUGCUGGUAAACAUGGCGAUAGCUGAUCUUCUUUUUGCCUUGUUUAUGUUCCCAUUGGCCCUUACUCGAUACCAUGUCAGGGGCCUGUGGAUCGGAGGAACUUUCGGGGAAUUCUCCUGCCACGCGAUUUUCUUUAUGUCCCAUUUACCAAUUGCCGGUUCCACAACGACUUUGAUCUUCAUAGCACUGGAGAGAUUCUUUGCUAUCAUGUACCCGUACAAGGUAAUCAAGAUUUUCCGCAAAGUCUGGAUCAUUACCGUAGUGAUCUGGUUAAGUUCCGCACUUCUGAUGAUGCCCGUGGGCAUUGCGGCGGAAACCACAGAAAAGAACGGCCAAACAUACUGCGAUCGCGACUGGUCCGUGUUUGGAGAUCCCAUGAAGGCAAGUCGAAAAUUUUAUGAUGCCGCGUUCGCUGUCACCUAUGCAGUUCCAUUGCUUUUCAUGGCCAUCCUUUAUGCCGCCAUCUCCCAUAAGCUCUGGAGGCGCCAAGCACCUGGUCGCCUUACGGCGCAUGGUCAACACAACAGCAUGCUCCACAAACGUCAAGUUGUCAGAAUGCUCAUCACUGUCGUCGUCGUGUUUGCAUUGUGUUGGCUCCCUACGCAUGUGCAGCACUAUUUGAUAACAUACUUCCCGGAAGUUCACGCCCGCCUUUCGUUUGUCACCAGGGUUACAAUGAAUCUGAUUGGCCACACCAACCCGGCAAUAAACCCUUGCCUCUUGGUGGGGCUCAAUAUUCGAUAUCGCAACGAGUUUUUCAGGUUGUUCCAGGGGGUAGGAGUAGGACCUAUGGACACAACUCCAAGACCCGCUGAGAAUAUGCCGGAACUUAGAACUCGGGAAACUGGAACCACGUCACCUCUAGCAAUUUCCACAUCAAGACCAAGAAGAUGGCCACUGGUAGCAAAUCCAUAAUAAGUUACCGCCUGCUUGCUCUUAGAACCUUUUGCGUACACCACUGACUAGAGCCCUACGGUUUUCGCUUUGAGGCCCAGAGAAACAUUGUUUGAUUUAAUCAUAUGGUCGAUAUAGGGGAAUGGUCCGGGGAGGGGGGGAAUGGUACUCCCAGAAAAAAUUGGGUUGGGGUGUGUGGCCCGGUUUCGAAAACCCUUGCCCUAUUUAAAACAAAAAUCUCUGAUUUUCCCAACCCUAUUUAUGACCUGACCAAAAAUUUGAUACCAUUUUUAAGACCUGUUCCUUGAAUUAAAUACUGGUAUUAAAGGCAUUGUGAAGGGCUUUGGUUAAUGA